UUGUUUGCGGCUUUUGAAGAGAAAGCUAGCUAAAACCCUAAAGCCCUGAAAUCAAAAUUAAGCUAAACAGAGAAGGAGACGAUGGAUCACAUAGCUGCGGCCGAGGAGCAAAUCGUAUCGGAGAGGCUUCGAAGAAAGCUUCAAGAAGUUAAUGCAGCUGCUCAGACUCAGCUUUCUCCUAUUCAAGAUCACAUCAAUUUCACCCUCCAGCAAGCUUAUUUCAAAUGUGCAUAUGAGUGCUUUGACAGAAGAAGAAAGCAAGAGGAGAUAAGUAACUGUGUUGAGCACUGCAGUGUUCCCGUUGUCAAAUCUCAACAGUAUUUCGAGAACGAAAUGGCUCAGUUUCAGGAAAGAUUGAACAGGUCACUGGUGGUGUGCCAAGACAAGUUUGAGGCCUCAAAGCUCCAGAAGAUAAGGCCUGAAGCGAUUAACGAGAUGGAGAGUUGCGUGCACAAAUCCAUUGAGGAAAAUCUCAAUACAUUACCACAUAUUGUGCAGAGAAUGAAGCAAGCAUUUAACAUAACCAACUAAAAGCUCUCGUGCAAAACCUUGGAUUCCAGAACUUGACUGGGCCAUUGUUUGAAAAGACUCUUAUAUAAGACCUUUUGUGUUUGUCUUAAUAUGAUCUAUAAAUUUGUUUUACUUUU